UUUUUUUGCACUCUAUGGUUGAAAAACCCGACGCAGCAUUGUAACCAGCUCACGUAGGAUUACAUUUCACAAACAGGAUUGAAAAAUAUAUAUGUUUUAUUUUCAAUGUGUGACAUUGUCCUGUAUUAUUGCUACAUCCCUGCCGUUGUAACAAACCAAACAGUGUGAAAAUCGGGCCGAGAUUCAGAGAGUUAUUAUCAAUAUGGUUGGGGAUUCUUACUUACCUUAAUGCACUGGAGGCACACGGGGGACCUAUCCAAGAUGGCGGCCGCGCUGAUACGAGAGCUCCAACAGGCAGCGUCAGGUUUUGAGGCGUCUACGUAUAUAAUGUCUAUGGCUCCACAUGCUAACAGUCUACACUGCAAGGAAAAUUAAGCAGUUUUUUACUGACUCGUUAUUUGUUGUAAUAUUGAGUUAUAAGAUAAGUUUGGGGCUGAUUAAAAUCUUUACAUAUACCUAUCGAAAUGCUCCUUUUUUGUCCAACUUGUGGUAACGUGUUAAUCGUCGAGGAAGGACAGAAGUGUAUGAGAUUUGCCUGCAACACCUGUCCGUAUGUUCACAACAUUACGAGAAAGGUGAGUUAAGUUUUAUCAUAUUAUCCACUAGAUAAGUCUAAAAUACUGUUCAGAGUUUUACACAUGGCUCCAGGUCCCUUGAAAAGACGUGAUUUUUCUCUCCCACAGGUAAACAACAGAAAGUAUCCAAAGCUAAAAGAGGUGGAUGAUGUUCUCGGUGGUGCUGCAGCCUGGGAAAACGUGGAUUCAACUCCAGGUGGGUGACAUUCAAACUAACAUUAUCUACACUUUGAACAAAGCUGACUUGGCUUUUGAGAAGACAGUGACAGUUCUAUUAAACGUAUUUAACAUUUCAGCAUUGUAAAGUAUAGGGGAGAGUGGGGUAAGUUGAGUCACCCCCUGUUGCUUUAAAAUGGUAAAAGAAAUUGAUCAUUUGAUCAAAUAAUUAAGAGAUGGGCAUCAGGGCCCGGCCUAUUUUAGCCCGUUUGAGACUAAUCGGUAAUCGGGCAAAACUCGCCCAUUUUGGCCGAUAUUUUCAGAUUGAAAAUGCUUUUCUGGUCCGAGUUUGAUCAGUCAGUCUUCCUGUCAGUGUGAGGAGCAGUAGCCUACAGUAUAUCUACAUUAUAUAGUUUACUGUAGAUACCUACUGUAGAUAUCUACAGUAUAUAUAUUUAUAUUUUAAUAAAUUCUUUUAAAAAUGUAAAAAUCGGCCUAUUAAUCGGUAAUCGUAUUUUUUCCUCCCUGAUCGGUAUCGGCCUGGCCCUAGCAAGAAGCAUAUGGGUAAAGGUGUUAGACAUUUAUUUAAAAAAAUGAUAAUAAUAAUUCACUCUUGAAAGUGAAUUUAGUCUGUCAUAAGUUUUGUUAGAAUUGUGUUCAGACCAGAAAAGAUCAUUUUAAAUUUGUUUUAUACAUCAAUUGAACAACAUCUUGAAAUAUAUGCAGAUACACUAGUUAGAGACAAAACUAUGAUUGUCUCGAUGUAGUGAUCUGAAAUGUGAAAAAAUGGCUCAUCUUACCCCACUCUCCCCUAAUGCCAAAGGGAUGUGUAUAAACCCCUGCAGGUGUCAUCUUUGGGCGGUUUUUGUGUGUUACUGUUUCACUAUUUCACUUCUUCACAGCUGUUGCUGCUUUUAAGUAAAAUCUAAACUCCAACAUAUUUGUCAAAGUUCCGUAAAAAUGUCAUUAUUUCACGAGAAUGAGCAUGCUUUUAUAUUCUGAAUAAGGUUUCUUAAAUUCUGGAAACAAUUUGUUGUGAUGAAUGUUUAUGAGAUAAGCUUUUACAGCUUCAAUAUGCAAUGUCCUGUAUUGUAAACAGUAUAAUACAAAUAUACCUGUGGUUUCAAAGACAAUUUUAAAACUUAAUAUAAUGUCUCUUAACAGAAACUUGUCCGAAGUGUGGGCAUCCUCGGGCAUAUUUCAUGCAGAUUCAGACCAGAUCAGCUGAUGAGCCGAUGACAACUUUCUACAAAUGCUGCAACGCUCAGUGUGGACACAGAUGGAGAGACUGAAACUUUUGCACUUUGAACUUUAUAAUGUAUUACAUCCUGAGAUGAAUUGAUACUUAAACUCUUGUUUUUGAGCUUGUGUUCACUGUUAAUACUUGUUGAAUUUGUUUUGAAUGAUUUCCAGUUUUUGCCGCCUUUAUUCAGGUUGAAGAUCCUGUCAAAGAAACUAUAUUUCUUUCUGUCCGUGUGGAUGACAUUUAUGAACAGCAUCACUUCAAACAAUAAAUUAAAGUUUGGAUGAAA